GCUUCCCUCAUCCGCGCCUGGUCCUCUGUCCUUCGGUUUCUCAGGGCUCUACUCUCCCCGGCUUAGUGUGCGUCUUGAGAGCGCGGACGCAAUCCUGGGCGCCCUGUGGGAAGGUGGCUGCAGGUGGCAGUGGAGGCAGGGGCAGACUGCAGUUUGGAAGUCCUUGGAGCGCGGCGCAGGAUCUCUUUCUAAAGUUGCCUGGGCCAGAGUGCAAUGGCUUCAUGGUAGUUCACCACAACCUCAAACUCUGGGCUCAAUCCUCUGUCUCAGCCUCCUAGGUAGCUAGAACAACAGGGUUUAAUGCUUCAUCAAGGGAUAUUUUUACUUUUCUCUUGGGAAUCUCUUCAUCAUGAGAAACCUGAAAUUAUUUCGGACCCUGGAGUUCAGGGAUAUUCAAGCUCCAGGGAGACCUCAGUGCUUCUGUCUUCGAAGUGAACAGAAUACAGUACUCAUUGGCUCAGAACGUGGACUGAUAGAAGUAGACCCCAUCAGAAGAGAAGUGAAAAAUGAAAUUUCUUUGGUGGCAGAAGGCUUUCUCCCAGAGGAUGGAAGUGGCUGCAUUGUUGGUAUUCAGGACUUGCUAGAUCAGGAGUCUGUGUGUGUGGCCACAGCUUCUGGAGAUGUCGUACUCUGCAGUCUCAGCACACACCUGCUGGAAUGUGUUGGGAGUGUGGCCAGUGGUAUCUCUGUUAUGAGUUGGAGUCCUGACCAAGAGCUGGUGCUCCUUGCCACAGGUCAGCAGACCCUGAUUAUGAUGACAAAAGACUUUGAGCCAAUCAUGGAGCAGCAAAUCCAUCAGGAUGAUUUUGGUGAAAGCAAGUUUAUCACUGUUGGAUGGGGUAAGAAGGAGACACAGUUCCACGGAUCAGAAGGCAGGCAAGCAGCCUUUCAGGUGCAAAUGCAUGAAUCUGCUUUGCCUUGGGAUGACCAUAGACCACAAGUUACCUGGCGUGGGGAUGGACAGUUUUUUGCUGUGAGUGUUGUUUGCCCACAGACAGGGGCACGGAAGAUCAGAGUGUGGAACCGAGAGUUUGCUUUGCAGUCAACCAGUGAGCCUGUGGCAGGAUUGGGACCAGCCCUGGCGUGGAAGCCCUCAGGCAGUUUGAUUGCAUCUACACAAGAUAAACCCAACCAGCAAGAUGUUGUGUUUUUUGAGAAAAAUGGGCUUCUUCAUGGACACUUUACACUUCCUUUUCUCAAAGAUGAGGUUAAGGUAAAUGACUUACUCUGGAAUGCUGAUUCCUCUGUGCUGGCAGUUUGGCUAGAAGACCUUCAGAGAGAAGAAAAUUCCACUCUGAAAACCUAUGUUCAGCUCUGGACUAUUGGAAACUAUCACUGGUAUCUCAAACAAAGUCUGCCCUUUGGCACCUGUGGGAAGAGCAAGAUUGUGUCAAUGAUGUGGGACCUGAUCACUCCAUACCGGCUGCAUGUUUUAUGUCAGGGCUGGCAUUAUCUUUGCUAUGAUUGGCAUUGGACAACUGACCGGAGCUCGGGAGAUAAUUCAAGUGACCUGGCAAAUGUGGCUGUCAUUGAUGGAAAGAAGGUAUUGGUGACAGUCUUCAGGCAGACUGUGGUUCCACCUCCCAUGUGUACCUACCAGUUGCUGCUCCCCCAUCCUGUGAAUCAAGUCAUGUUUUCUACACACCCUAAAAAUAGUAAUGACCUUGCUGUCAUGGAUGCCAGUAACCAGAUUUCUAUAUAUAAGUGUGGUGAUAGUCCAAGUGUGGACCCUACAGUGAAACUAGGAGCUGUGGGUGGAAACGGAUUUAAAGUUUCCCUUAGAAUGCCUCACCUGGAAAAGAGAUACAAAAUCCAGUUUGAGAAUAGUGAAGAUCAGGAAGUAAACCCGCUGAAGCUCAGCCUUCUCACCUGGAUUGAAGAAGACAUCUUCCUGGCCAUCAGCCACAGCCAGGCCAGGCCACAGUCUGUCAUUCACCAUUUGUCUAUGGCACCUUCUAAGAUGGAUGAAGAGCAAGGACAGCUCAAUGUCAGUUCUUCUGUGACAGUGAAUGGGAUUAUAAUCAGUCUGUGCUGUAAUUCCAAGACCAAGUCAGUAGCAUUGCAGCUGGCUGAUGGCCAGAUACUUAAGUACCUUUGGGAGUCACCUUCUCUGGCCAUUAAGCCAUGGAAGAACCCUGGUGGAUUUCCUCUUCAGUUUCCUUAUGCAUGCACACAGACAGAAUUGGCCAUGAUUGGAGGAGAGGAAUGUGUCCUUGGUCUGACUGACAGUUGUCACUUUUUCAUCAAUGACACUGAGAUUGCAUCAAAUAUCACAUCAUUUGCAGUGUACGAUGAAUUUUUAUUGUUGACAACCCAUUUCCAUACCUGCCAAUGUUUUUGCCUGAGAGACGCUUCAUUUAAACUAUUACAGGCAGGUCUGAGCAGCAGUCAUGUUUCCAAUGGGGAGAUUAUGCGGAAGGUGGAAAGGGGCUCACGAAUUGUCACUGUCGUACCGCAGGACACAAAGCUUAUAUUACAGAUGCCAAGAGGAAACUUAGAAGUUGUUCAUCAUCGAGCCCUGGUUUUAGCUCAGAUUCGGAAGUGGCUGGACAGGCUUAUGUUUAAAGAAGCAUUUGAAUGCAUGAGAAAACUGAGGAUUAAUCUCAAUCUGAUUUAUGAUCAUAAUCCUAAGGUGUUUCUUGAAAAUGUGGAAACUUUCAUUAGACAGAUAGAGUCUGUAAAUUAUAUUAAUUUGUUUUUCACAGAAUUGAAGGAAGAAGAUGUCACAAAGACCAUGUACCCUCCUACAGUUGCCAGCAGUGUCCAGCUGUCCAGAGAGUCCGAUGAGAGUAAACUAGACCUUAUCUGCAAUGCUAUGAGAGCAGCCAUGGAGAACAUAAAUCCUCACAAGUACUGCCUAUCAAUACUCACAUCUCACAUCAAGAAAACAACCCCAGAACUGGAAAUAGUGCUGCAGAAGGUACACGAGCUUCAAGGAAAUACUCCCUCUGUUCCUGAUUCUGUGAGUGUGGAAGAGGCCUUGAAAUAUUUGCUGCUUCUGGUAGAUGUUAAUGAAUUAUAUGAUCAUUCUCUGGGGACCUAUGACUUUGAUUUGGUGGUCAUGGUGGCUGAGAAGUCACAGAAGGAUCCCAAAGAAUAUCUUCCAUUUCUUAAUACACUUAAGAAAAUGGAAACUAAUUAUCAGCGGUUUACUAUAGACAAAUACUUGAAACGUUAUGAAAAAGCCAUUGGCCACCUCAGCAAAUGUGGACCUGAGUACUUCCCAGAAUGUUUAAACUUAAUAAAAGAUAAAAACUUGUAUAAUGAAGCUCUGAAGUUAUAUCCACCAAAUUCACAGCAGUACAAGGAUAUUGGUGUUGCUUAUGGGGAACACCUGAUGCAGGAGUGCAUGUAUGAGCCUGCGGGGCUCAUGUUUGCCCGAUGCGGUGCCCACGAGAAAGCUCUCUCAGCCUUUCUGACUUGUGGCAGCUGGAAGCAAGCCCUCUGUGUGGCAACCCAGCUUAACUUGACCACAGAUCAACUGGCUGGCCUUGCCAGGACUCUGGCAGGAAAACUGGUUGAGAAGAGGAAGCAUGUUGAUGCAGCCAUGGUUUUGGAACAAUAUGCCCAGGAUUAUGAAGAAGCUGUACUCUUGCUGUUAGAAGGAGCUGCCUGGGAAGAAGCUUUGAGGCUGGUAUACAAAUAUAACAGACUGGACAUUAUAGAAACCAACGUAAAGCCUUCCAUUUUAGAAGCCCAGAAAAAUUAUGUGGCGUUUCUGGAUUCUCAGACAACCACAUUCAGUCGCCACAAGAAACGUUUACUGGUGGUCCGAGAGCUCAAGGAGCAAGCACAGCAGGUGAAUCUGGAUGACGAGAUGCUCCGUGGUCAAGAGUCAGACCUCUUCUCUGAAACUAGCAGCAUCGUGAGUGGCAGUGAGAUGAGCGGCAAAUACUCCCAAAGUAACUCCAGGAUAUCAGCGAGAUCGUCUAAGAAUCGUCGCAAAGCGGAGCGGAAGAAGCACAGCCUCAAAGAAGGGAGUCCACUAGAGGAUCUAGCCCUUUUGGAGGCACUGAAUGAAGUGGUGCAGAACACUGAAAACCUGAAAGAUGAAGUGUACCAUACCUUAAAGGUACUUUUUCUCUUUGAGUUUGAUGAGCAAGGAAGGGAAUUACAGAAGGCCUUAGAAGAUGCUCUGCAGUUAAUGGAAAAGUCACUUCCAGAAAUUUGGACUCUCACCUACCAGCAGAAUUCAGUCCCACCUGUUCUAGGUCCCAAUUCUACUGCACAUAGUAUCACGGCCUCUUACCAACAACAGAAGACUUCGGUUCCUGUUCUUGAUUCUGAGCUUUUUAUACCACCAAAAAUCAACACAAGAACCCAGUGGAAACUGAGCCUACUAGAGUGACUGACUGCAGCUGAGACAACCAUUUUCCACUCAGUCCUAGUUGUCCUCUCACUUUUUGCUCUUUGAGGCCCGCCUAUCAGGAGCAGGACAGAAUAAGGUGAUGAUUUACCUUCGCAUUGCUGAGAGCUGCUGUGUGCCCUGGACUUCAGUGAAUACCAAGCAUUUCUAUUUUUCUUUUGUGUAUAUGUCUUAAUCGCUAGCAAAAUAUUAAACUUUAAUAUAGAAUCAUUUUGUGAGAAUUACCCUUUUUUACUUGUGCUGUUUGAGAGCAUAUUUAUGCUAAUUAUGAGAUAGGGUUUUCUUCCAGCUACUAGUCUGAUUCAUAUGGAGACCCUGGACAAGUCCUGUAAUUGAUUUGUGUUUCAGUUCUUCAUCUGUUAAUUGGGAAAAAUGUUUUGUGGUUUCUCCCUCAAAAGUGUGAAGACAAGUAAAAUAAUAUCUUUAAAUUGUACUGCAAUUACAAUUGGGAAGGAAAAGUAUUAUAUAUAAACAACGACUGUUAGUGCUACCAACAUUUGGUCAGAUAUAAUCACUAUUUGCUUCUUUUCAAACUAAAGCAGAGUAAAAAGUCUCC